AUGUCAAUGACAACAGCCGAGUUGAAGCGUCUAGCUCAUUCCGAGUACUGGGAUGAACGAUACGCCGAAGUCGGUCCCAAUGAACAAGUGCACGAAUGGUUCAGAUCUUUCAGUGACCUCCAACCAUUCCUCGACCAGCAUCUUUUCCAAGUCCGAAAACCAGAGACGAGUCCAAGGAUCCUGCAUCUAGGAUCAGGAGAUAGCACAAUACCAGAAGAUUUAGCAAAAUUAGGAUAUAAAAACCAGCUUUGCGUCGACUUCUCCACAGUUGUCGUACAAGCCAUGUCUAUUAAGCACCGGGAUAUCGAGGGCAUUACCUGGAAGCAGGCUGACGUCCGUUGCAUGAAUCAAAUCCCUUCGGAGUCCGUGGAUGUUGCCUUUGACAAGGGAACUCUGGACGCCAUGAUCUAUGGCAGUCCUUGGGACCCGCCUGAUGAGGUUCUAGACAACACUGGUCGAUAUAUUCGAGAGGUCUUUCGUGUCCUGAAACCCACCGGCACCUUUAUCUACGUCUCAUACCGCCAACCUCACUUUCUCAAACCUCUUCUCAACUGUCAAGGUGUUGAAUGGGAUAUGAAGAUUGAUAUUCUUGGUGGUUCUGGAAGUUCUUUCGAUUACUCUGGUUUUGUCCUGAAUAAAGUCCCACGAAAGUCAGCGGAACUCAAGACAGAUAAAGUAGCCUCUGGCUGAAUGUUGGCUGCUAUGAUCAUGGUCUGUCUUAUCGAUAUAUGCUCACCACUUGAGAUCGACGGCACCGAGAUUUAUACUGGCCACUAUCCAUGGAUGUACGACGAAGCUCAGAGAACAGGCUCCAGCCGACGAAGGUCGAUAAAGGAGCUGAAGGUCGGAUAAUCUACCCAGAACCACGUCUG